AUGGCGGACAGGCAAAGCGCAUACUCAAUCAGCAUCUUUGGCAGCCAGGCGGGCGACGAACGCCAGGAUGGCACCACGCCGUCGCGCGUCCAGCAGCAGCUGGUCGACUUCAUCAUGGACUUUCACCUCGACAAUGUCUUCCUGUACCGAGACCAGAUUCGCGAGAACGUACUCAUAAAACAGUACUACUGCGACAUCGACAUUGCGCACUUGAUCUCGUACGACGAAGAGCUUGCGCACAGGCUCCAGCAAGACCCCGCCGAGGUCGUCCCUCUGUUCGAAGCAGCGCUGAAGACAUGUGCACAACGCAUUGUCUACCCCUCACAGAGGACCAUCAAGCUUCCCGAGCACCAGCUGCUGCUGCACUCGUCGGCCUCGGAGCUGUCCAUCCGCGACCUCACAGCCAACAACGUCUCCCACCUCGUGCGCAUACCCGGCAUCGUCAUUGGCGCCUCCACGCUCUCCUCGAAAUCCACAGUGCUGGCCAUCCGCUGCCGGAAUUGCCAGCAUGAGGAGAUGCUCCCUGUGGCAGGCGGUUUCGCGGGUGUUUCGCUGCCACGCACAUGCGCGCGGAAAGCAGCUGAUGGCGAGGACAAGUGCCCCUUGGAUCCAUACUACGUUAUGCACGAGCGUUGUCACUUCAUCGACCAGCAGGUGCUCAAGCUGCAAGAGGCGCCAGAUCAGGUACCCGUGGGAGAGCUGCCUCGACACAUCAUGAUUUCGGCGGAUCGAUACCUCGCCAACCGUGUCGUCCCUGGUACCCGGUGCACAGUCAUGGGUAUCUUUUCCAUCUACCAGCAAAAGGGCUCGAAGAAGUCGUCCAGCGCCGCAGUCGCCAUCCGCAACCCGUACAUUCGCGCAGUCGGUCUGCACACAGACGUCGACCACACAAACAAAGGAAACGCCGUCUUCACAGAAGAGGAGGAGCAGGAGUUCUUGGAGAUGAGCAGAAGACCGGACAUUUAUUCCGUCUUCGCCAAGUGCAUCGCGCCCUCCAUCUACGGAAACGAAGAUAUCAAGAAGGCUAUUGCCUGCUUGCUGAUGGGAGGCUCCAAGAAGAUCCUGCCAGAUGGCAUGAAGCUCCGUGGCGACAUCAACGUACUGCUCUUGGGUGAUCCGGGUACAGCCAAGUCUCAACUACUGAAGUUCGUUGAGAAGGUCUCACCAAUCGCCAUCUACACAUCUGGAAAGGGUUCGUCCGCAGCAGGUCUGACGGCGUCGGUCCAGCGCGACCACACGACACGAGAGUUCUAUCUUGAGGGCGGUGCCAUGGUACUAGCAGACGGCGGUGUCGUGUGUAUCGACGAGUUCGACAAGAUGAGGGACGAAGACCGAGUAGCGAUCCACGAAGCCAUGGAGCAGCAAACCAUAUCCAUCGCCAAAGCCGGCAUCACAACCAUCCUGAACUCCCGAACAUCAGUCCUCGCAGCCGCCAACCCCAUCUUCGGGCGCUACGAUGACAUGAAGACGCCCGGCGAAAACAUCGACUUCCAAACCACCAUCCUCUCGCGUUUCGACAUGAUCUUCAUCGUCCGCGACGAACACGACCGCGGACGCGACGAGCGCAUCGCAAAGCACGUCAUGGGUAUUGCGAUGGGCGGGCGCGGCGUCGAGGAGCAGAUCCAGGCCGAGAUCCCCAUCGAGAAGAUGAAGCGCUACAUCACAUACUGCCGGCAAAAGUGCGCGCCGCGGCUCUCGCCUGAGGCCGCUGAGAAACUCAGCUCGCACUUCGUCAGCAUCAGACGCCAGGUGCACGCCUCGGAGAUGAACGCGAACCAGCGCAGCAGCAUCCCCAUCACCGUCCGCCAGCUGGAAGCCAUCAUCCGCAUCACCGAAUCACUGGCCAAGCUGAGCCUAUCGCCCAUCGCAGACGAAUCCCAUGUCGACGAGGCGAUUCGCCUCUUCCUCGCGUCGACCAUGGACGCGGUCACGCAGGGCGAGGGCCAGAGCUCAAAGGAGCUGAUGGACGAGACGAACCGCGUCGAGGAGGAGCUGAGGCGACGCAUGCCCAUCGGGUGGCAGGUCAAUCUGUCUUCGCUCAAGCGCGAGUUUGUCGAUGGCAAGGGCUACUCGGAGCAAGCGCUCGCGCGAGCGCUACACGUCAUGGCGGCCCGGGAGACGAUCAGGAUGCGCCACGGCGGCAGCGUGGUGUUCAGAGCAGGGGCCUAG